GCAAAACCCCAACCAUCGACUAAAUCCCAUUUCUCCAUCGCUCCACCUCCAAAGUUAACCAAGUUGAGCAGGCGGACAGACGCCGAGCAGACGGACGAGCAGCGCCAACGCACCGCCACCAGUUGCUCCGACCUCCGACCCGCAGUUGAUCCAUUCCGGAGUCUAAUCCGGAGCCACCCAAGUAGUGCCAGCUGCUCCCCCGCCUCCACGUGUCCAGGUGAAAGCUGAGUCCCAAUCCCCCCAUCCAAAAUGCGGUUGCUGCUCCUCCUGGUUCUCCUGCUGCCCACGCUGGCCCUCGGCCUGCUGGAGGGUCUGUACUGCGGCAAGGACAACUGCUACGAUGUGCUGGGCGUCACGCGGGAGUCGUCCAAGUCGGAGAUCGGCAAGGCGUACCGCCAGCUGGCGAGGCGCCAUCAUCCCGAUUUGCAUCGCGGCGCCGAGGCGAAGGCCGCCGCGGAGACGCAGUUCAAGCUGGUGGCCACCGCCUACGAGAUCCUGCGCGACGAGGAGUCGCGCACGGACUACGACUACAUGCUGGACAACCCGGACGCCUACUAUGCGCACUACUAUCGCUACUACCGCCGCCGCGUGGCACCCAAAGUGGAUGUGCGCCUGGUCAUCGUGGUCGUGCUGACCAUUGUCUCCGUGAUUCAGUACUAUUCCGGCUGGCAGCGCUACGACUCGGCCAUCAAGUACUUCGCCACGGUGCCGAAGUAUCGCAAUCAGGCGCUGGACAUUGCACGCGAUGAGAUUGAGGAGAGGAUCCAGAAGAAGGGCAGGAAUCGGAUGUCGAAGAACGAGCAGCGCGAGGAGCUGGAGCGGAUCAUCAGGCGGGUGAUCGAGGAGCGGAUGGACGUGAAGGGCGGCUACGCGAAGCCGACGCUCUGGGAUGUGCUGUGGGUGCAGCUGCUCAUCUGCCCGUACACAAUAGUCGCGUUUAUUGUGUGGCAUGCCCAGUGGUUCUGGCGCUACACGCUGAUGAAGCAGCCGUAUGGACGGGAACAGAAGCUGCAUUUGAUCCGCCGGCACCUGGGAAUGGGCCAGCAUCAGUUCGAGGCGCAGGAGGAGAAGCUGAUCGAGGAGUACCUGCAUCUGGAGCUGUGGAAGCGGGAGAAUUUCGUGGCUUGGAAGGAAGAGCAGGACGAGGAGAUGAAGAAGAAGCUGGCGGAGAAUCCGCGCUACAAGGCCUACAGGCGGUACAUGAAGAACCACGGACCCGGACGCAUCACCUUCGAGGAUUAGCUUUCAAGUUUUAUUGCUACAACUGAAGAGGAAUCCAAAUUCCUAACCCUACCGACUAAAUUUUGAUACAUUACUAUUA